UUUAGGUACCAUAGAGGAGUAACCAGUGCACGAGCUUUACAAUGAAGGCAGCAUCCUGUCAGCUUCAGAGUGUGCGCACGUCUUUUCACAGAACGUGCACGAACGUUUGUCCAGUUGGUUUGAGCACUUUUGUCUCUUAAAACUGCAAAACGCCACGCCAGGAAUUUGAGCGAUAGCAGAGACUUUGUACUUGGAUGUGAAGUAACUGUUUCUCUUGUUAUUUUGACGGCUCGAGCGGACCGAGGGCAGCAGGAUGCGCUCGAGCUGAGGUGGUCGGAGACUUCAAGCCAAGCUUCAAGACCUGAAACUGAGAGGAUACAUUUCCCCAGACUAUCUUAAGGUCUUAGAUUUGAGAACAAACCGUUGCACGUUGGGUUGUAUUCCACGUUUUGAGGAUGUACGUGGUGUUGCUGUUUGUGUCUGUAGUGGGAUUGUCUACAUUUGCUGUUUUAGCCCAAAUCGAUGGCACGUGCGGCGGUAAUAUUACAAUCACAAGUGCUGGGUACGUGACGUCACCGGGCUAUCCGUUGGGGUACCCGCUCUCGCAGCAGUGCGUCUGGCUCAUCAGUGCCCCCGACCACCACCAACGGAUCCUCAUCAACUUCAACCCACACUUCGACCUAGAGAGCCGCGAGUGCAAGUAUGACUUUUUGGAAGUGUAUGACGGGAACAGUGACAAGGCAGGUCUGGUAGGGAAGUACUGUGGUAAGAUUGCUCCAUCCCCAAUCACCUCCAGUGGAAAUGUACUGCUGAUCAAAUUCACUUCUGACUACGAGACCACUGGUGCUGGCUUCAGCAUCCGCUAUGAAGUGCACAGAGCAGUCUCAGAAUGUUCUAGAAACUUCACUGCUCUAAGCGGGUUGAUCCAAACGCCAGGCUUCCCUGAUAAAUACCCCAACAACCUGGAGUGCACAUACAUCAUCUUUGCACCAAAGAUGUCAGAGAUUGUGUUGGAGUUUGAGAGCUUUGACAUGGAACCUGACAUGAACCUGACACCAACUGGAGCCUCAUGCCGAUUUGACUACUUAGAGAUCUGGGACGGAUACCCGACAGUUGGUCCUCAUAUUGGAAGGUAUUGUGGUUCCAGAAGUCCAGGCCGGGUUGUGUCAUACACUGGCAUUUUGUCCCUCUCCAUCCACACAGACAAUGCCAUCACAAAGGAGGGCUUCUCAUCCACUUACAGGAUCCAUUCCUACCAAGAGCCGACCCAUGAGCAAGCCAAUGUGUGCCUGUCUCCUUUGGGAAUGGAAUCUGGUGAGAUAAGUGAUGAGAGAAUUGCCGCUUCAUCUCAGUACAAUCCCAGCUGGUCUCCUUUCCGUUCACGAUUAAACUACCACGAUAAUGGCUGGACACCAUCAGAAGAUUCUGCCAGGGAAUGGAUACAGGUAGAUCUGGGCUUCCUGAGGUAUGUUUCAGCUAUAGGAAUACAAGGAGCCAUUUCUAAGGAAACUAAGAAAGCAUACUAUGUUAAGACCUACAAAGUCAGCAUCAGCACCAAUGGGGAGGACUGGAUCAUGGUGAAAGAUGCAACCAAGCACAAGGUGUUUCAGGGCUGUCACAACCCCACUGAUGAGGUGCGUGCCUUUUUCCCAAAACCCACACUGACACGUUACAUACGGAUACGACCUCUAACUUGGGAACAAGGAAUCUGCAUGCGCUUUGAAUUAUAUGGCUGCAAGAUAUCAGACUUUCCAUGCUCUAGCAUGUUGGGGAUGAUCUCUGGUCAGAUCUUGGACUCUCAGAUCUCUGUGUGGCCUGAGGUGGAGAGGGGCUGGUUACCUGAGCAAGCCAGGCUGUUGACGGGCCGCUCUGGCUGGAUGGCUCCUGUACCAUCUGUACCAUCUGUACCACAUGGCACAGCAAACAGCUCCUGGUUGGCACUGGAUCUUGCUUUUAACCACUGGGUUACAGGAGUCAUCUUGCAGGGGGGGAGACACAGGGACAAGAUUAUGUUUGUCCGACGCUUCAAACUGGCCUACAGCAUCAACGGCGCUGACUGGAGCUACAUACAGGAGGAGAAUAGCAACAAAGUUAAGAUAUUCAUGGGGAACCAAAAUCAUGACACUCCAGAGAUGCGUUCUUUCAAGCCACUGACAAUGCGUUUCCUGCGAGUAUAUCCUGAGCGUGGGUCACAUGAUGGCAUGGCCCUCAGACUGGAGUUGCUGGGCUGCGACACCCAAUAUGCUACUCCUCUUCCUCCUACCACUACAAUGGAAACCACAGUGCAGGUAACUGCUAACAUCCCAGUAACCAGCACAGCAAUUGACAUCAUCACAACAGAGGACUAUGAUGACGAAUCGGCAACUUGUCACAGCGGAACAGGCACAAGUGAAGACAAUGAGCCUACAGGUACAGUUGCAGAACCCAUAGAAUCUGCAUAUCUUUGGUUCAACUGCAAUUUUGGCUGGUCAGACCAUCCCUCCUUCUGUGGGUGGAGUCUAGAGAGCAUUGGACCAGUGGACUGGCUCUUAAAAAACCAUGACAAGUGCUCCAAACAACUGCUCAGUGUGGAUUACACAGAUGCUUAUGUUUGGCUGUCAUCAGGGGAACCAGGAAACUUCAUCUACACUGCACUGACCAGAGAUUCACUCUAUCCAGAGACAGAGAAGACAUUAGAGCGAGAGCUAGAGCAGAAGACUAAGACAGUAAGGAAGAGAGGGAUGGAAAGAGAAAGAACUGCAGAGGCAGAACGACAGAACGAGAUGGAAAGUAAAGUCAGAUUGGCACGGUUGGUCAGUUUGCCUGUUAUGUCUCUUGAUGAAGAUCUGUGUGUGUCAUUCUGGUACCGGUUUACUGGAGAGCACACAGGUGCCCUACACAUUUGGCAGAAGACAGAGGGAGGAGGGAAGGGAGUGGGAGAAAGUGGACAGCUGCAGGAAGAAGGAAAAGAUGGACAGAGAGAUGAAAAAAAGAUAGAAAAGGAGGUACUGCUCUGGAGGAUGGAUUGGCAAGAGACUAAAGGCUGGAAAGAAGGAAGAGUUCUGUUGCCCCAUGCUAAUAAACCAUACAAGGUGAUUAUUGAGGGUGUUGUUGACAGCACAUUGUCUGGACAUAUCUCGGUGGACAAUGUGAGAAUUGUUCCUGAAAUGAGUGCUGCUGAGUGUAAAGAUCCAGAACUUGAGGUGACUAUUGGUACAGCUAAACAAGAACCUGACUGUGAUGAGCAGAGUUCUAAGGAUAUUGUGCAGAGGUUCAGGCAGCAGGGUGGCUCUAUGCUGAAGACACUGAACCCGAUUCUGAUCACCAUCAUCGUGAUGAGUACCGUGGGUGUGCUGCUAGGGGCUGUGUGUGUUGUAGUCCUCUUCUGUGCCUGCUCCCACAAUCCUGACCAAACCACUUCUGCCCUUGAGAACUACAAAUUUGAGCUGGUUGAUGGCCUCAAGCUCAAGAAGGAGAAAGUGAGCGCACAGAAAUCAUGUACAGAGGCAUAAGGGCCAAUGCUAUGCAAAUUCUAAGAGAACAUUUAAUGAAACCUUGUGACUGCCUGAGUCAUGUUUUUUCAGGAUAUUCAGUGAGAAGGACUGACCUCCAGAGGGUGCUCUAAAGAAAAGAUAAUGUACAGUUUACUGGCAAUUACCGUCUGGUUGCUUGGCCUGUUUUUUCCCCACAUUUUUAAUACUUGGAUGCAGGUAUUUAUCCCCUGUAAAUGUGUGCAUUUUAAUUAUUUUUGUGGAACUUUGAAAAGAACCAUGUUUAGGCAUGUGUGUCUGAGAGUCAUGUGGCUUAUGUGGAACUUAAAUAGUGCCUUUUUAGAUAUUUUUGUUUCCUUUUUACAUUUGAGCUCACCACACUCCCCAUCUUCCUACUGCCAUUGCACUCUGCAGGUCAACAAAAAAAAGUUAUUUUUUUAUUUUUUUGUGAGCCUUUCGUGCUGUUAUCUCCUUUAAGCUAUAUACAGACACUAAUGUUAUUAGCUAAAUUAAGUAAAGUCACUUAGGUCACAUCAAAUUGCAACACCAUCUGAAAAAUUCCUGUUCCCAGUCAAGGUCUGCAGUCAAUUGACUCUAUAUUUCUGCCCUCCCACAUAACCAAUCCACAUUUGUUCAAUUCUAUUUAACUCCUCUUAACACCAGGGGGCAAUGUUUUAACACUUGGAUACCUUUUUGUUCACAUGAGCACACAUGAGGCCUUUACCACAAAGUCAUAUGGUGACUGUAUGAUGUUGUACAAUGUCAUCAUCAGUGGCCGUUGUCCACUUUCUUCUUGCAUGUACACAUGCUAUUUCAAGCUAUCUGCAAAACAGCUUGCUUUAAACUAUGGUUUAAGCUACAGGUAAACCUGUCUUCCAAAGCUGGUGUUAGUUUUCAUUCAAACUUCAUAAGUUCUUCAGUUAAAUUCAUGAGGCACUUACAUCACAUUGCAGAGCUUGCAAAGUUAAUGGGUUCCAUUAACAUGCAUAUAUAGACCUGAGCAGGUUACCCUCCAUCGUCCCUUGGCAUGCUGAGCCUUCAUCUGGGUAUCAUGUCUCAUGAGAAGUCUGCAAACGUAGUGGAAUGGGUUGCCCUCGUAAUUCCACACUCCUGAUGCUGACUUGUGUGCAAAUUCCAUUAGCUUGCGUAUAUAGACUGGAGAGAAUUUUUCCUCCAUCUUCUCAUAUCAACGCAGAAUGAGAUUUACACUCUGUCUCCUUAGCAAAAGCCUUACUGGUUUCCAAGUUCUGGGUUGCUGCUAUGGCCUAGCUAACCUACAUCAUUGUGGAACCAUGAUAGCGGAACCAAUUUUGCAGUCAGAUGUGAUCGGAGUGCCACAGCCCAGAAAGACUGUUUGCCAUAAACUGGCAUUGAUGAUGAUGGAUGAUAAUCAGCAUAAAAGGCAAAAAAGAGCUUGGAAUCUCUUACAAGCUGGAUGCCUAGAAUUAGAUAUGACUCAACUGAAAGCCAUAGUGCUGAAGCAGAGACCACACUCAUGAUAGAUCAUGCCCAUUGGCAAAGUGCCUGGCCAAGGCCAGGAGCUGAUUUUUCCUUCCUCUCUGAAGCAAGUGAGGAUGCUUUAUCUGUGGCUGCACCUAGAAGGGUCUUUUUGCCCAGUGGAGAAUCACCAGCCGAGCAACAGCAUGGAGGAGACUUCUGUCCCAGCAUCAGUAGUGGCUCAGCUAAACUCAUUGAUGUUAGAGUGGAAUCCGCAUACAUGCACUUUCGAAGAAGAAGCCUUUAUUUGUCACGUAAAAUUUACAUCACAGUGAAAUUCUUUUAUUUGCAUAUCCCAGCUUGACCCCCAAUUUAGGGUCAGAGUGCAGGGUCAGCUGUGAAAUAGUGCUCCUGGAACAGAGAGGUUUAAGGGCCUUGCUCAAGAGCUCAACAGUGUUGCUGUGGCUUGAACCCCCAACCUUAAUGCCUUUGUGAGCCUUAAUGGUUGAGCUAGCACUGUACCAUUUUUGUGUUUAACCACCAAGUGAGCUGGUUUCUACUAAAUACACAGCUUUAUCUUUGAGUGAGACAAAUUUUUCAAGAAGGUUCCAAAGGGAGCAAUUGCCAUUGACAUAGGCAUUUUAUAUGUUCAUAAUGUCACCAUGUGUAUUUGUGAUAAAGGUCUUGACAUGUAUUGACAUUUUAAAACAGCCUCCUGGCAGUUAUCCUGUGUUCAGUGAACAGGGCUAUAAGGUAUAUGUAAACUAACUAUAUAUAUUUCCAUUUUUUGUCAUCUGCCAAAAUAACUGAAUAUAAUUUACAUCAAACCAGUCAUUACUCAAUUUACAGUCAUACAUUUAUUACCUAAUUAAUUUAUCAUUUUUUUAUUAAAAAAAAAAGUAAUUUAGUUGGGUUUUUUUGGGGGUUUUUUUUAUGAUGUCAUUUAUAACAUUUUAUAUUUCAGGAGAAACACAAGAAAACCACUGUCCAGUCUUAAUCUAAUUCACUGUAACACAAAUUCAUUAAAUGACUACUACAUUCCAAAGAAAUUAUCAAAUGAAAUGAUGAUGUUUUUGCAUUGUAAAAUUUUUGCUAGUGAAAAUGUGUUUUUGUAAGUCUGGUUUGUGUGUGUGUGUGUGUGUUUGUGUGUGUUUGUGUUCGUUCAAUCAUCAUGAACUCUACCAUUUUUGUAGUGACACAGAGACGCAAUGCACAUUGCAUAUUUAUGCAGAAUGCAUAAUUAGAAAAUAUGACAUCACUAUACCAUGAAUAAUAUGCUCAACUGAUACAGAUAAUCACACUGCAAAAACAACAAAACAUUUCCAAAUAUGACAAAUCCCUUGUCUGCUU